AUGGAGAUGAAUUAUGAUGAAGGUGCUCUCCACCAGCUCGAGGAGGAGCUGGGCACCACCAUUUAUCCCGGCACGGAGAUUAUGGCUGAUGUAGGCACACAUCAUUUUGUGAAGUCCUCGGCCAAGUCCGACCGUGUGCUAGUACCUCAGCCAUCGCAAGAUCCUCAUGAUCCUCUGAAUUGGAGUCGUUUCUGGAAGUUGAGCGCUAUGGCUAUUUCCACUGCGACUUCUUUCAGCCAAGGUCUAGGACCCCUUGCGCUGGCACCCAUGUUUCCACAAUUGAUGGAGUCAUUCAACUCGGACCUUGCCGGCGUGGUACAAUUCACGGGUGUCUGUAUUCUGGUGCUGGGUUUCAGCAAUUUCUUCUGGAUCCCCAUCCAAACGUCCUAUGGUCGACGGCCCGUCUUGAUAUUCUCCACCUUGAUUUGCCUUGUUAGCAAUAUUUGGCGGGCGCUCGCAACUUCAUAUGGUAGCUACAUGGGCGCAUGCGUUCUCAAUGGCUUUGGUGCUGGUCCUGCGGAGACCUCCCAGCCUGAGAUUAUCGCUGAUAUCAUGUUCCUUCAUGAGCGAGGUGCCUACAACACACUAUACUUUACCGUAUACUUUGGAUCUUUGAUGGUCGGCCCAAUCAUUGCUGGGCCCAUGGCAGAGCAUAUCGGCUGGCGCAGCUUCUUCUGGUUGAACGUCGCCGUCCUUGGUGUCGUGUUGCUCUUCCAGAUCUUCCUCUUCCCAGAGACAAAAUGGCACCGAGUUCAUCCUGACGAAGUCACCCACGAAAGCUCAACCGGGGUCAUGGACGACUCGGAGCCCGAGAAACCGGUGGAAGUCACCCAGCAAGAGAACGUGGAAGAUGCAUCCGAGCGAGAUCCGUAUCUACACAAAGGUCGCCCUUCCAAGAAGCAGUUUAUGCUCUGGCAGCUUGACGGAAACAACAUCAAGACUGUUCUUCUCAGCUUCUGGAUCCCCUGGAAGUUGUUGACCUUCCCGAUUGUCGAGCUUGCGGCCUUCGUUGUCUCCUGGUCGGCCAGUUGUUUCUUGACGCUGAACCUCACCCAGAGCCAGGUUUUUGCCGAGCCUCCAUACAAUUUCAAUAGUCAAACUAUCGGCUUCUUCAACUUUGCCAUUCUGGUCGGAGCCUUCAUUGGUCUAGCCACCAACGGGCCCUUCUCAGAUUGGAUCUCCAUGAAGGCCACUCGCAAAAACCGAGGUAUUCGUGAGCCGGAGAUGCGAUUGCCUGCUAUCGCGAUCUACAUGGUCAUCAUGAUAAUCGGGAACUUUGUGGUCGCGUUUGGGUACGAGUAUAAGUGGGACUGGCGGAUCAUUGUCAUCAUCGGAUAUACUGCGGCUGGAAUCCAAGUCGCUGCUCUGCCGGCCAUUGCAAGCACAUAUGCGGUGGACAGCUACAAGCCCGUUGCGGGCUCGAUCUUUGUUUCCAUCACCGUCAAUAAGAACUUGUGGGGAUACGGCUUCAGCAAGUUUAUCACCCCGUGGAUUGAACAGAGCGGAUACAUCAAGCCAAUCAUGUUGAAUAUGAGUCUGACGGCUCUGUGGUGUCUCUGUGCGAUUCCUUUCUACAUGUACGGAAAGAGGUUCAGAGGGUGGACGGCCAAAUCCUCGGUGCAUAAGAUGUAA